CAUGAAGUAAAAUGGUAUAUGUAUGCUGACCUAACCUUAACAGUCCUAGAAAUUUGGGUAUCCAUCCAUCCAUCCCCCAAGCUCCCGAUACACCCGUGCACACUCCCCUCGCCACUAUCGUCGUCGGCGUCUUCGUCGGCAUCCCAGCUAUCAUGAUGUGCACGGUGAAUACGCCAUGCUCGCCCAACCUGUCGUCUCCCAUCGUCAACGUCCAAGCGCAUGACGUGACCAAAGGGUAUAUAAGGAAGCCCAGCCCUCGCUCAAUCUCCGUCCUCUCCAUUUUCCCAACAUCAAACGAAUUUCCAUCCAUUGACCCCAGAGCAGAUCCAUCCGCUUCACCAAAGAACCAACGUUGCAAACCAAACCAACGUUCCAAACCAGCAUCAAUCAUGCAGUUCAAUACCGGAAUCAGCUACCGCGGGAUCCCAUUCUGGGUAGCCGACGGCCUCGACGAUCCGGACCCGGAGCCGCCGCCGGAGCCAUUCCGCAUCAACACGUACAUCGUCUGGUACACCAUAUACGGCGAAGCCGGCCGCCGAGCCAGGGCCCGCGAGAGAGCCAGAAUCGCGGCUCAAGCACCGUGGCAAGGAAUGGCGCCCCGGGCGGCGAGGCUCGUGGGUGGCUUUCGUAGGUGGUUGCCUUUCCUCUUCCCAGGAACGUGGUUGUUUGUGGGCCCGUUUGUGGACUCGUACCGUUCCCUCUUUACUAGGACCGAAGCAGCCCAGGAUGAUGAUGAUGAAGUGACAGCCGAAGAUGAGAUGACAUCGCAAGACGAUGUGACAUCGGAAGAUGAAAUGAUGUCGGAAGAUGAAACGAAGUAAGGCUGGAAGAUGAAGCCACACCGCAAGGAGAGGAUCACUCGGCGGCGAAGUACCGUUUGGAUUUACUCCGCACCUGCUGAGCUUUGACCUCAGGUGGGACGAU